AUGGAGGAUGAAGACAAUUUGGCACAAACUUCAUCAGGAGCUUUAUGGAAGAACAAUCUCUAUCUUUUGCAAGAACAAGCUCCAAAGCCAAAAAUGAUUCGAUGCAGGAGAAUAAUCGAGAACAAGCCAGGGAGGUAUGGGGAAGAAUUUCAUGGGUUGAUUGAUCGAACUGAAGCUGAGGAUUUGCUAAAGGAAGCUGGCGAGGGUGCGUAUCUUGUUCGAGAAUCGAAACGAUCGCUUGAUGCGUACACUUUGUGUAUGAUAUUUGAGGGUCACGUUCUUAACUAUAAACUUUAUUAUGAUGGGGCUCACUAUGUUGGCGAGAAGAGGUUUGACAAUCUUCACGAUCUUGUGGCUGACGGUUUAAUUUGCAUGUACGUGGAUAAACAUGCAGCUGAUUACAUCCGAAGAAUGACCGAUGAAGUGAUUUAUGAGCACAGUCCUUAUCAAAUCUACAAUAAAUCCGUUGAGAAGUCGAAACAAGGCGUUCAAAGAGCGCAUAGCUUUGCACAGCAAACAUUCAAGAUGCAAUAUUGUGACUAUUGCCGGAAUUUUCUUUGGGGACUCGUGCAACAAGGGGUACGAUGUGUGGAUUGUGGGUUUGCCGCGCACAAAAAGUGCUCUGAAAAAGCGCUGAUGGAUUGUCAACCAGAAGCGAAGUAUGUAAAGCGAAUCUUUGCCAUCGAUCUCACAACUUUGUGUAUUGCGCAUAAAAUCGGCAUACCGAUUGUUGUUUCAUCAUGUAUUCGUGAAGUAGAAGCACGCGGUUUAACCGUUGAGGGAAUCUACCGAGUUUCCGCCUCACACGAGCAAAUGGAGCGAUUAAAGCGACAGUAUGACUCUCAACAUAAUGUCAAUCUGUGCCAGGUAGAAGACAUUCACACGGUUUGUGGCCUCUUGAAGCUCUAUCUUCGUCUGUUACCUCAACAAUUGGUCCCAUUCUCUGUCUAUAAAUCCCUCUUACAAGCUUACACAACCACCACCACAACCAAUAAUAAUCACGACAGAACUAGAGCGCUCCGAAAAGCUCUUCACGAUCUCUGUGAAACGAACUCCCGGACUUUAAAAGCCAUUCUCAUGCAUUUAAAAAGAGUUUCCGAAUACAGUCAGGAGAAUAAAAUGUCGGCGGAAAAUCUGUCAACAAUCUUUUCUCCGACACUCUUCUGCACGGGAAACACCCCGGCGCUACCCCAACAACAGCACAUGCUCCUUCAUUUUUUGAUCCUAAACCCUAAUCUAGUGCCCGAUUAUUUA